AUGUACGUGAACGCUCAGGAGAUACCUAUGACGAUCCUCCAAACCUCGCCCAGACACACGUGCGAGCAGCUGGGCAACGGCGGUGGACAGCUCGGCGAGUGCCUCUUCUACAUCGAUACGGUACAGAUGAUGACGUAUCUGCUCACCGUGCCCCUUCCCCCUGCCCACAACCAGCAAGGUGAGUGA